AUGGGAAAAAGCCGAGCCAAAAGAAGACUGUGCUUCUUGUCGAGCUCUAGAUUGCGAUAUCAUUUUCGCCUUGUUAUUCACAAUGGUUAUAGCAUGCUUGCUCGUUCUGAUCAUGGUCUUCUGGUUAAAAGGUGUUCUGCAGUACGAAGAGUAAAAUGUGAUCGGGUAUUCGAUGAAACGCAGCCAAAGGGUGAAUUCUCAUUCCCAAUACUUCCUAAAUCACCAACAGAUGAUCUUUAUAAGGAUAAUAAUACCCGUCUGAGUAAUUUGCAGUGUGUAUACUCGUUUGUCGCGGGACAAGGGCAACGCGUAAAGCUGGAAUUCGAACACUUUCAGCUUGCAGGAAGCUCAGAAAGUUGUGAGAUAGAAUAUGUUGAUAUUUAUUCAGAACUUGAGAGUAUAGAUUCAGAUCUUCUCGCUGGUUCUUUAGGUGGCCGUUAUUGCGGCUCUGUAGCUCCACAUAUCCGUAUUAGUUUACGCCGUGUAAUUGUUCUUGUCUUUCAUUCAAGAGCUCGUGAACGUAGUCAUGAAUUUGGCUUUCGUGGUAAAUACUCUUUCAUUGCUGAAGCGAAAUAUGUUCCGGGUCGACGGGUUGAUAGUAAAAAUAUGUGUACAUUUUUAAUUGAGCCUUCCAAUAAGAAGAAAGGUGUUAUUUUCUCUCCAACAUAUCCUGGAACGUAUCCAAAGAAUUUUCAUUGUUCCUAUCUUCUGAGAGGUCGUAGUGGUCAACGAAUUCGUCUUCUGUUUCGAGAUUUUGAUGUAUUUUUUGGUGGAGAACACUGUCCAUAUGAUUCUGUUACCUUGUAUGAUGGCUCUCGACCAACUGAUCCUAUAAUUAAAAAAGUUUGUGGUUUGCAACAACGUAUGGAGUUGUAUUCUGUUGGGCCUGACUUACUCAUUCAUUUCAAUUCUACAAACCCAGCCAAAGCUGAUCCUCGAGGAUUUGUAAUUGAAUAUGAGUUCUCAACACGUUUCGUUGACAUCGUUCAGUUGGUGAACGGCGAAAGAGGUGUUACUCACAUGCGAGGAACUGAAUGUGAUAUUCGUGUUGAAAGCAAUCGAGAAACAAUUCAUUAUAUUCAUAGUCCAGCUUUUCCCAAUCUGUAUCCUGCUAAUACUACUUGUGCUUAUAUUUUGGAUGGCUUACAAGGAGAUCAAAAUUUAGAAAAAGUUAUUGUAACAUUUGAAGAAUUGGCUGUUCUCUCAACCGAUGCUGACGCAGUGAACUCUAUACCAUCAGGUGACGACAUCACUUGUCCGGUCGCGUGGGUUGGUAUAGCUACCUCUGAAUCUAGCAUGAAAACAGUAUUAUCCACAACUGAUGACCAAAACUUUGAAACAACACUUUGCGAGCGCAUUCCACCAAGAUCGACACUGUUGGGACCUUAUGAGAGCGAAGGACCACGCAUGGUUAUUCAGUUCGGUACAACGGAUAAAAUUAUCAAUGAUGAUAUGAAUCCUUAUGGCUUCAAAGCCAAAAUUGAAUUCAAAACAGAUUUUGGAGUAGCUGGUGAGCCUAUGGGAACCUCAAACGAAUGCCUAUUCCGUUUUCGUAGUCCAAUGGGAUUUUUCAACAGUCCACGUUAUCCAGCCAACUAUCCUCUGGAUACCAAUUGUUCGUAUUAUAUCCAAGGUGUUCCUGGACAACAAAUUCUCAUUUAUUUUGAGCAGUUUGCUCUUUUUGAAGAAGAUGAAAGUUGUAAAGAUUGGUUAGAAAUAUUUGAUGUGUUUCAUGAACCAGACGGAUCAGAACGUUUAGCAUUACAAGAAAGAUACUGUGCUGGUGCAUUCCCAGGUCCAACUGUGUCUGCAUUCGGAGCGCAUGAAAUGCGCGUGAUCUUUAGUUCUGAUUCAUCUGGUACAGGAAAUGGGUUUAAAGCCUUGUAUGAGAUACGGCCAUCGCGCAGAGAAGACAUACCUUCCACAGAUACGCAUGGCGGUAAUCGAUGUGGUCGAAAAAUCUAUGCAUCGGCUACAUCUCCAACUGGAAGUUUAACUUCUCCAAAUUAUCCUAUUAAAUAUACAAAAGAUGUACAUUGUGAUUGGGAGAUUAUAGCUCGUGAAGGAUACAAGCUGCUAUUGACAAUUUCCGAAAUGGAAGUUGAAGGAGCAAUGACGGCAACAACAGCAAACUGCCAAAAGGCUGCUAUACGUGUUGCUGGCGCUAGUCGAACAGAAUACUGUGGAACUGAUCAAGCAAGUUUUGCACCAGUUGUAACUCAAAACAAUACUGUACGAAUAAGUUUUCUCACAAGCCCUGAUAAGGUGAAUGGGUUGAAAGGAUUCAAUAUGACUUGGACUGAAGUCCGUCAAGUGAAUGAAAUGUCCGAAUGUUCAUCGUCAAGUGAAUACUUGUGUACGUAUUCGCGAUUAUGCAUAAGUGCUGAUUUGCGUUGUAACGGAGAUGACAAUUGUGGAGCACAUGAUGAUACUGAUGAAAGCCAUUGCGAAUUGGAAAUAAGCUCAGCUGAUAAGACAAUUGUAAUUGCUGGAGUAUUUUGUGGAUCUAUCUUCUUGUUCAUAUGCGGCUUCUUCUGUUACUUAUUCAAAAAGAAAUUAGAACGUAAAAAGAAGAAGCAAAGACAUACAUCUAGUCGACAUCGUCAACGACAACCAUACAGAUCACAAAAGCCAAUGGGAAAAGCUGGACAUAUGAAUGAUUCUGAAUUACCAUCACCAGCCACAUCACGUUUCGUUCAUCAUGAUGCUACUGGUAUUCUGCCGCCCAUCACAUUACAGACUAUCAAUGAUCCGAAUGCUGAUUAUACCUUCUAUGGCUAA